GCAGAGGCAGUGAGGAUGAGGAUGUGGCGACUGUCGACCGCGUUGGUGUCGGUGCUGGUGCUCGUCGCCGGCCCGGCUUCGUCAUCUCAUCUGCCGCACAACGGCAAAACUUGGGCCCUGCUCGUCGCCGGCUCCAGCGGCUACGAAAACUACAGGCACCAGGCCGACGUUUGCCACGCGUAUCAAAUCUUGCGCGGAAAUGGCAUCCCGGACGAGCAGAUAAUUGUAAUGAUGUACGACGACAUUGCCAACAGCAACGAAAAUCCAAUCAAAGGAGAAAUCAUCAACGAACCUGGCGGCUCCAACGUCUACGUGAACAUUUCCAAGGACUACAUUGGAGACGCGGUGAACGCGUCCACCUUUUUGGCAGUUCUUCGCGGAGACAAGGAAGCGGUCACGGGAGUCGGAUCCGGACGCGUCCUGGAAUCUGGGCCGCAUGACCACAUUUUCGUCAAUUUCGUGGACCACGGGGCUCCAGGUCUGCUGGCCAUGCCUACGGACGUGGUUUACGCCUCCAACCUGCUCAGCACCCUACAGGACAUGUCUGCCAAGAGCAAAUUCGCCAAGAUGGUGCUGUACGUGGAAGCGUGCGAGUCUGGCUCCAUGUUUGACGGUAUCCUUCCUGACGACACAAACAUUUUCGUGGUGACCGCUGCAGACCCUGCGGAGUCGUCCUAUGCGUGCUACUUUGACGAUUUCCGCCGAGCCUACCUGGCCGACGUCUUCAGCGCCAUGUGGAUGCAGGAUGCUGAACAGGAGGACCUGAGCCGGGCAACCUUGCACCACCAGUUCGAGACUGUGCGCACACGCACCAAUACGAGUCACGUGGAGGAGUACGGCGACCUGAACGUCGGUGCCACCUUCGUGAAGGACUUUAUCGGCGCCCUUCCGGUCAACUCCUUCCGCUCGGCCAUCAGACACCCUCUCAGGGAUGUGGUUUCAUCUCGGGACGUGCCCAUUGAGGUGCUCAAACGGAGCAUCAGGGCGGAAAAAGACGCGGCAAAGAAGCACGUCCUGCGCCAGAAGCUGCACAGGAUGAACAAACACCGGAAAAUGAUGUCGACGCAGUUCAGGGCGAUCAUAGAGUCGGUGAUCAAGUCCAAAGACAAACUGAACACCGUUUUCAACACGCGUAAGCAGCUGAGGAACCUCAAGUGCUACGAGAAACUGGUGCAGGCCUACCACCGUUACUGCUACAACAUCGCUCAGAAUUCUCACGCCUUGGGCCACCUGUACAAGUUGGUCAACGUGUGCGAGAUGGGCCUGGAAGCCGAGCUUUUCGUCCACUCGAUCAAAUCCGUCUGCGAGCGCAACUCCAGCGCCGGAUUUCUAACCGACCACGUCAUUUAAAAGAAUAAAAUAAUAAUCUUUAGCCCUGA